ACAACCUGUACGCUUCGUAUCCACCUGUCCUUUUAAUUUACCCGUUUAUUCAAAUAAUAAAAAUAAACUUGUGAACAAUAAUUAAAAAUAUAGUUAUUAAUGUAAAAGUAAGUAAAAUAUAUUAUUUGGAGUAGUUAUUGUAUCAUCAGCUGCAAGGUAAGUUUGUUCAUCUAUUUAAACUUUUUUUUCGUUAAAUUUGUGUAUGAAAUUAAAUAAUUUGAGAUUAUAAAAUGUGCUUAUUUUAGAUAUAUUACGGUGUUUCCAUAGUAACGUUCUUCGAUGACAACAAUGAAAUAGUAGGAUUGAAUUGAUAAUAGUUCUAGUUAAACUUACUAAAAUGGAAAUAAUAUAGUUACCAAGUUAUUCAAAAUGAGAUAUAUACCCAAGUGGGUAGACAAAAUACAGGAUACUGAAAAGACUGCUCAGAGCCCAUCAAAAUCGGCAUUCUCAUUCCGUUUAGGUAGCAGUAAACCACAUCCAAGUACUAGACAACUGAGUAUUUAUGAUUUGUGUUUUAAACCAGAUGGAACGCAAUUAAUUGUGGCAGGUGGGCAUCACGUUUUAGUAUAUGACACUAAUGAUGGUACAUUAAUUCAACUCCUCAAAGGUCAUAAAGAUAAAGUUCAUGCUGUGUGUUAUGCCAAAAAUGGGGAGAAGUUUGCUAGUGGCAGUGCUGACAAAACGGUUAUUAUAUGGUCGAAUAAACUGGAAGGAUUAUUAAAAUAUAGCCAUGGAGAUUCUGUACAAUGUCUUGCGUUUAAUCCUUUAUCUCAUACUUUGGCGUCAUGUGCCUUAUCAGAUUUUGCAUUUUGGAGCACAGAACAAAAAUCCGUUCAAAAACACAAAAUAAAUGCCAGAAUUAAUUCCUGUUCAUGGACAAAUGAUGGUCAAUAUUUAGCUUUAGGAUGUAAUAAUGGAAUUAUAUCGAUACGGAACAAACAAGGUGAAGAAAAACAUAAAAUAGAAAGACCAAAUAAUCCUGCUAUUUGGGCUUUAAGUUGGUGUCCCAAUAGAGAUGAUCCUAAUGAUACUCUAUGUGUCACUGAUUGGAAAAAGAAUUUAUCAUUUUAUACUUUAGGUGGGAAACUUAUUGGAAAAGAAAGACAAAUUGGUUAUGAAGCAUUACGAGUAAGAUAUUUUGCACAAGGUGAAUAUAUAUUGAUCGGCGGAUUAAAUAUGGCUUGUACAAUGUAUACCAAAGAGGGAAUUAAAUUAGGUUGUAUAGGUGAUACACAGACUUCAUGGGUAUGGAGUUGCGAAGCUCAUCCGAGUGGAAAUUUUGUGGCUGUCGGUUGUGAAGAUGGAACUGUGUCUUAUUACCAAUUGGUCUUCAAUAUGGUACAUGGAUUAUAUAGAGAGAGAUACGCUUUUAGAGAAAACAUGACUGAUAUUAUAAUUCAACAUUUGAUCACUGAACAAAAAGUUAGGAUUAAAUGUAGAGAUCUAAUCAAAAAAAUUGCUAUAUAUACGGACCGUUUGGCGGUACAGUUACCGGAAAGGGUCGUCAUCUACGAGUUAUACUCAAAAGAUAGUAACGAUAUGCAUUAUAGAGCUAAAGAAAAAAUAACACAGAGAUUAGAAUGCAGCCUAUUAGUAGUUUGCUCGGAACAUCUUGUUAUAUGCCAAGAAAAAACACUUCUUAGCAUGUUUUUUAAUGGGGAAAAAGAAAAAACUUGGGCGUUUAAAAGUCCUAUCAGAUAUAUUAAAAACAUUGGUGGACCUCCUGGCAAGGAAGGUUUAUUAUUAGGUUUGAAAAACGGACAAGUUUGGGAAGUGCAUCUGGACAAUAUUCAUCCAUUGUUAAAAGUUACAGUUAAAGAAGGUAUUAGAUGUAUUGAUUUGAGUCAGCUGAAGCAAAAAUUAGCUGUUGUUGAUGAUUCCGGCUUAUGUCAAAUAUUUAAUGCUGUAACAGGAGAAUUGUUAUUUCAAGAAGCUAACGCUAACAGUGUGGCCUUCAAUAAUUUAUUCGAAGAUAUGCUGGUUUAUAGUGGAGAUAAUACUCUUUCAUUAAAGGUUGUGGAUUUUCCUGUACAUACUCAAACAAUGAGUGGAUUUGUAGUAGGUUUAACAGGAUCCAAAGUUUUUUGUCUCAACGGUUUUAGUAUGAAUACACUAGAACUACCCCUCAGUACCCCGAUGUAUGAGUACAUUGAUAAAAGAAUGUAUGAAGAAGCUUACAAAGUUGCGUGUUUAGGAGUUACACAAGGUGAUUGGGAAGAACUGGCUCACGCUGCUCUUGAACAUUUAGAAUUUAAAAUAGCUCGACUAGCUUUUGUCAAAUUACAGGAUUUUACUUAUCUAGAAUUGAUCGAUGAUUUACAGGAGCUUCAUCAAAAAGGAAAUUAUCCAAAAGAAGUAAUGUUGGGUGAUAUCUUAGCACACAAGGGUAAAUUAAAGGAAGCAGCAAAGAUAUAUCAAAGAGCUGGGCAUGAAUUUAAAGCAAUGACAAUGUAUACUGAUUUAAGGAUGUUUGAUGAAGCCCAAGAAUAUUUAGGUACAAAUGACAAUUCAGAUUUGAUAAGAAGAAAAGCGGAUUGGGCGAGAAACAUUAAUGAGCAUAAGGCAGCAGCUGAUAUGUACCUUUCUGUUGGAGACACAGCGUCUGCAGUACAAAUUUAUGCUGACAAUGGAUGGGGUGAACAGUUGAUAGAUUUAGCACGAAAACUAGAGAAAUCCGAAAGAAGUAUUCUCAUGACUAUAGCCAAACAUCUGAAACGAUUAAAAUAUUCGUCUGCAGCUGCCGAAAUCUAUCGAAGACUUGGAGAUUCAGAAGCCGUACUCCGUUUACAUGUUGAAGCUAAAGAAUGGAAAGAGGCAUUCUCCCUUAUAAGGGACCAACCGCAAUAUAAUGUUUUAGUUUAUUUACCAUACGCCCAUUGGUUAGCCGAAAACGAUAAAUUUGUUGAAGCACAAAAGGCCUUUCAUAAAGCAGGAAAAUCUCAAGAGGCAUUCAAAGUAUUUAUCCAGCUAACAGAUAACGCUGUUUCUGAAUGCAGAUUUCAAGAUGCAAGUUAUUACUAUUGGAUUAUGUCGAGGCAAUACUUGGAUAUGUCAAGAGAAAAUAAAGAAAAAACGGAACAAUAUUUAAAUUAUUUUAGAAUUAACGAAAAACUAGCAGAAAUCUAUUACGCUUACAACACGAUACAUAAAUAUUUAGAAGAACCGUUUACUUCAUAUAUGCCUGAAGCGCUUUUUAAUAUAUCAAGAUUUUUAUUGACAGAAGCAACUGGACAAAAACAAAGAAUUAAAGGAGUAUCUACAUUUGCUAUAUACUAUACAUUAGCUAAACAGGCAAAAAAACUAGGUGCUAAUAAGUUAGCCAAACAACUUUUCGACAAAAUUACACACCUGAGAGUACCUCUCAAAUUUCAAGAACAAGUCGAAAUAGCGACAAUAUCGAUUAGAGCGAAGCCUUAUAGCGAUCCGGAAGAACUACUACCCAUGUGUUAUCGUUGUUCUACUUACAAUCCUCUAUCAACAACAACUAACAGUUGUAUAAAUUGCGGGGAAAAAUUUCUUUAUUCAUUUGUAAGUUUUGAGUUGUUACCUUUAGUUGAAUUUCAUUUAGAAGAAAAUAUAAGUGAUCAAGAGGCAUUGAGACUCAUAGAAACUCCAGUUGAAGUUAAAAAGGAAGAAAAUUGGAAAGAAAAUAUAUCGGAAACCCAGCAAACUCUACAAUUAGAAGUUCCACCUGAGGAGGAACCUGAUCCAUUCACGACUAAAGUUACAAAAUCUGAUGAAUUUAAACCAAUAACGGUUGGAAGAAAAACGUUAUUAUCUUUGGAUAGUUCAAGUAUUUUAAUCUGUAUGUGGCCUCCUCCACUACGUCACACGUAUUUUAGAAACUUAUUACCUGAACUACACAUAACGAUGUGCAAUUUUUGUUUCAAAUGUUUUCAUAUCGAUGACUUCGAACUACAGAUGUUGCAAAACAAUCAUUGCCCAUUCUGUAGAAAUUCAAAUACCAGCUCCCCAACCCCCGACAACAAUGAGGACAUUAUUGUUUAAUAUUUAAUUUGUUAUUUAUAUUUUUUAGCCAAAAUAACAUUUAGGUAUAUAUAUUUUGUUAAGCGGAAAGUUGAAGAGUAAAAAUGUUAUCUGUAUUCUUGCUUAAUAUAUUUUUUGUUUGUUUUUAUCUCA